UAUGAAAAUAAAAUGUAAAAUUUUUGAAAAAAUAGAUGCUUAUUCUUUAAUAAUCAUUAUCGUUAUUGACCGCAGAAACAAAAUGGCUAACGGUGGCAAAUUUGAAAAUGAUGAAACUUUGAAAGAAAAUGAUGAAGACUUGAAAGAAAAAGAAGAAGAAAAAGAAGAAGGAGAAGAAGAACAAGAAGAACAAGAUAUAAAUGCAGAAGAAAUAUUUGAUGUGACAGAUGAAAAGCAUUCAUUUAUAGCUUGGAAACCUCAAGAUGGAACUAUAAUUGAAAAUAUUUUAGAAUUUUUUUAUUCAUAUGGAUAUGAUUGUCGAAAAUAUUUCAAUCUCUGUGUAGUUGAUCCAAAUACUAUUGCUUUUGCUACUGGCAAUUUAAUUCAAUUUUUUAAUGUAGAAGAAAAUAAAAUUUGGUUUAAAUUAGGUUCUAUAGGAACUGGUAUUGGACACAUUUCAAAAAACCCUAUUUUUGAACAUAUUGCUGUUGGAGCAAAUGGUAAAAAUCCUGUGAUAAAUAUUCUUGAUUGGCCUCAUAUGACAACUAUAAUUGUUUUAAAAGGAGGAACAACUAAACGUUAUCUUCAUUUAUCAUAUAGUCCAGAUGGUUUAUUAUUGGCAUCACAAGGUGGUGAACCUGAUUAUUUCAUUUCCCUUUGGAAUUGGAAAGAAUCAAAAAUUGUUUUGCAAUGUAAAUCGUAUGUUCAAAAUAUAUAUAAUGUUACUUUUUCUAAAUUCAUUCCUGGUCAAUUAACAUCAAGUGGUAUAGGACAUAUUAAAUUUUGGAAAAUGUCUAAAACUUUUACUGGAUUAAAACUUAAAGGUGAAAUUGGUAAAUUUGGAAGUACAGAAAUUUCUGAUAUUAUAGCAAUUUAUCCCAUGCCAAAUGAAACUGUGAUUUCUGGAUGUGAAUGGGGUAAUAUCCUUUUAUGGGAUGAAAGUUUAAUUAAACUUGAAGCAUGUAGAAAAAAUAAAGAAACGGCACAUACUGGUUUUAUCAGUCAAUUUGAAUUUAUUAAUCAAGAAUUGAUAUCAGUUGGAUCUGAUGGAUGGAUACGAUUUUGGUUUUAUGAAACCAUAGAUCAUGCUGAUCUUGCUGAUGAUGAACAAUUUCUUGAAAUUCAACCAAUUUAUGAAUUUGAAAUUACAGAAAAUGAAGAAAAUGCAAUGCUUAUAAGUAUACAAAAACAGGAGCCAGAUAAUCCUGACAAAACAAUUUGGUAUGCUCAAGUAAGAUGGAAUGGAGGUUUAUGGUUACUUGAUCUUUGUACUCUUAAAAAAAAAACUAUACAAAAGAAAAUUUUUAUAUGUCAUGCUGGUCCUGUUGUUGAUAUGGAUAUAGCAGAUUGGGGACCUUUUGUAGCAACACUUGAUAAAAAUGGCAAUUUGCAUAUUUAUAAUUAUAUAGAAAAAACAUUAAAUUUAAUUUACAAAUUUCAUAAUACUGGUAGCCAGAUUAUUUGGCUUCCAUGUAAUAUUGAAAAAACAGGCUCAACACUUAUAUGUGCUUUUGAAAACGGUAUUAUUAGAAUGAUUACAUUAGAAACUACAAAGAUUAAAAACAAAAAUGAGAAAAAUCAUGUAAAAUUAAUUCAAGUUUUAAGACCACAUUCAAUGCCAAUUACUGUAAUGUCUUUAAAUACAUCUAGUAGUUUAUUAGUAACAGGUAGUGAUGAUGCUACUAUUUUUGUAUUUAAUAUUCAUACUCCUAAUAAUUAUCCUACAAUUGUACCUAUUGGCUAUGUGAAACUUCCAUCCUCUGUUACUUGUAUGGCAUGGAAUCCUUAUGAAGAAGCUACUUUGUUAAUUGGAUGUUUGAAAGGAGAUUGUGUGGAAGUAAAAUUACCUAUAACACCUCAAUCAUAUACAACAACUUCUUAUGAGUUAAUUAAAUGUAAACCAGUAUCAUUUAAAUUUGAAUCAGUAAAAUCUAUGAUAGAAAGAGAAGCUAUAAAAAAAAAAUAUGAAGAAGAAAGGGAAGAAAGAUUAAAAGAAAGAAAAAAAAAAUUAGAAGAAUUAAUUGCUGAAAGUCCUCAUAUUGUAAUUGAUGAAGAAACAUUUCUUAUGGAAAUUGAUGAAAAAGAAAUGAUUCUUCCAGAAAUUUAUAUUCCAGAAAUUCCAAAUAAAGUUUUAAUAGCACAAUAUGGUAUAAAUGGAAAUAUAUGGUUAUUUAUGGCUGGUUUUGAUGCAGGAUAUAUUUAUGAAUAUCCACGUCCAUUAUUAGCAAAACCAAAAAAUAUUAAACUAAUUAGACCUAGAAUAAUUGAAUAUGCAAAAGAUAUAGAAAUGCAUAAUUUUCUUUUUCAAAAAAACAAGAAAUAUCUAUAUUUGGGAACACAAUAUGGACAAGUUUAUGUAAUUAAGAUAAAGGAAGAAGAUCCAUUAAAUUUUUCAGACUGUUGGAUUUUACAAACACAUGAUCAUUAUAAUGGACAUAUAUCCAAAAUUUUAUUAAGUUAUAAUAAAGAAAUGUUGCUAACAUGUGGCCAUGAUGGAAAUAUAUUUUCAUUCUCAAUCAAUGAUAUACCAGAUGAAAAAUAUGAUAUUCCAAAAUUAGAGUAUUUUCUUUUUGUACCUAAAAUUGUUGAAGAUAUUGAAGAUGUUGAUCAUCCAACUUUAGAAGAAGUAAUUACUCGAAUAGAACAAAAUAGAAUUAUUUCUGUUGCAGAGGAAAAAAAACAUAUUCUUGAAAUUGUACGUAAUUUAGCAGAAGAAUUCACUAAAAUUACUACAAGAAAUAAAUCUCUUCUAAAAUCGCAGCAAAUAUUACAAUUUGAUUUGGAUCCAAGAAUAGUAGAAGAUUUAGAACAGCAAUUGAAAACACAGAUAAUCUUAACACAACAAAAAUUAGAAUUUGAAGUAGAAAAAAAUAAAUUACAAUUAGAAAAACUUAUGAAUCAUUUUAUUAUGCCUAUCACUUGUUUACCUUUUGCAGUUUAUGGAAUAUUGAAUGAAAAUAAAGCAGUGUAUUCUGUAAGAGAAUUAAAAUUAGAUACUGAUGGCAUUUUAAAAUGUAUGAAAUUGAUGAAGCAAGAAGAACGACAGAAAACAGGCAGAAUAAUAAAAGAACACAUUGAGGAAGAAAAACGUGAGGUAGAAGAAAGAGAAAUAAAAUAUAUAGGACUCUUAGGUGAAGAUUUUAGUGAUUUAACAUCAGGAUUAGGAUUACAAAUUAAUCAAAUGUUUUCAAAAUACAAGGAGAAAAAGAUUAGAUUAAUGGAACGACAAAAAGAAUGGCAAAAAUUAUAUAGAAAAAAACCAAAUUUGAUUAAAGGUCGUUUGAAAGAUACAAUUUUUCUUGAAAAGGCAAGACAAACCAUUGGUGAAUAUAAUUUAAAAGUAGAUGUAGAUUUUAGUUUAACAAGAAAAAGAGAAACUGCAGCUAUAAAAUUUAAACAACUUAUGGAUUGCAGAAAUAAGCUUCAUAAUUUGCGAGAGAAUUUCAAUAUGAAGUUGAAAGCAAUUGCAUUAAAAAAACAAAGAAUACAAGAAGAGUUUGGUAAACUAAUACAAACUCUUAAAAAAAUUCAUAUAGAAAUUCCAUUGAAAAAUGUAAAACCUUUACCAUAUCCACCAAAAGUGAAUCUUGAUAUUGAAUUUCCUGAACAUAAUCUUGAACUUGAAAAAUAUAUAUCUAUGUCAGAAAAGAUGCAACAAAUAAAACGCGAAAAACAAUCAUUGAUUGUAGAUCAAUUAAUAGAUUAUUCUGAUUUAGAAUAUGAAGUAUUAUAUUGUGAUGACAAAAGUAUUCAAAUUAAUGAAGAACAAGACCUUCUUCAUUCUCUUAUUUCUUCUUCAACAAUAAAAAUAAAGGAUCAGUCAUCUAUAGCAGGUGAUUUAAUUAAAAAUCUUAACAUAAAUGACUCUAUUCAAACUAGUUGGGAACGUGAAAUGAAACGUUCUCGAAUGUGGCGAAAAAUAUAUGAACAAGAUUGUAUUUUACAACAUAUCAAUACUGAAUAUAAACAAUUGGAAAUUGAAUUAGAUGAAUUAGAAAAAUAUAGAUUAGAUGUUAUAUAUCAAAGUAUAUAUAUGAAUCUAAAUUUGUUAACUUUAUAUGAAGAAUUUAUUAUUUUGAGAGAAUCUGAAACAAUGGAACAUAUACUUGAAGAAAAAGUUACUCAGAAAUCAAAUGAACAUACUACACUGGUGUUAAAGAUGCAAGGUACAAAUAUUAAUAUUACUACACGAGAAGAAGAAAUUCGAAAAUUGUAUACAAAAAUUAAAGAUAUUGCUACUGAAUUCGCAAAAACUACAAUUGAUAGUAAAUUUCAUAACUUUCUUCAAAAAAUAUUAAAAAAAUAUACAAUAAAAAAAGCAAAUGCUUCUUUAGAUUCAGUUACAGAAUCAACAGAAACUACUGAUGAAGAAACAGAUGACACAAUAGAUUCUGAAGCUGAAUAUGUUCCAUUUGAUGAAAAUAUAUGUCCAGUAGGAUGUGAUAUACAAUUAUAUGAAAUGGCAUUUGCCAUGAGAGAAAAACGAUAUGCAUAUGAAUUUCAAAUUAGAGAAGAACAAAGAGAAAUAGAACUUUUGCAAAAAGAAUUGGAUACUGAUUCAAAAUAUUUAAAAAUCGUUGAAAAUAUUUUAAAAAGUCAUCAGGAAGAAUUAGAAAAAUUUAUGUUGGAUAAACAAAAAAAAUUAAAUGAAAUUAAUGUAACAGUUAUAUUGAAACUUCAUCAAUUACAGCAUAUAUUAGAUUCUGGAUCUAUUGCAAACAUUGAAGAUUGUAUAGUUUUUAAAAAAAAAUUAUCAAAUUUAUAUGCUAGAGUAGGAGAGUUGCAAGAAGAAACAUACAACUUAGAAGAAACACGCAAGUAUAAUAAAAAGAAAUAAAAUAAAAAGGAUAUGUUAGAAAUAGAACUUGAACAUAAGACUGAUUUAAUUACACUUGAAAAUAUUCUUCACAAUCAAAUACAACAAAAACACAUUCUACAAAAUGAUAUAGAAAAUCUUAAAAAAUAA